AUGUCAGAUCCAGGUGAUGAGGUAUACACCCAGCUCAUGAGAAACGCCGAUGUGCUGGGCACACGUGACGCGGACUCGACUAGUACAGUAGAUUGGGAUUUUGCCACAGGUAUUGUUGUGGCAGACAUUAAUCAAGGAGAUCACAUUUAUGUGCGUACAGGAGAUCAAACACGCAAGAACUUUCAAAUUAAUCCACCGGAAAUAUCGAUUUGGGGAUUCUGGGUAAAACACGUGGCGACCCCUAUUGUUACUGCUGUCGGACUAACAGGAAAUACUUUGUCUUUCUUGGUGAUGUGCUACUCACAGAGACUGCGCACGCAAUCGUACAGUCAGCUUCUGUGUGUAUUGGCCGUCUUUGACAGUCUGAAUUUGUUAAUCAACCAAAUAGAGCUAGCAGAUGAAAUGGUUGUUUAUAAAACCGGGCAUCAAUCCAGCUUUUACACAGACCUUCCCAACAGUGUAUGUAAGAUUUAUAACUUCUUAAAGCACGUUUUCCUCCUUGGUUCAUCCUGGCUAAUUGUGUGUUUAUCAGUAGAAAGAGUCCAAGCUGUGUGUUUCCCAUUCAAAAGAACAUUUCUUCGUAGAAGGUUUAGUGUUGCGAUUCUCGUAACAAUAACUAUCGCCAUCUUGUCCUUGACACAGAUCUUUCGGAUUCUAUUUAUAGAGAAUGUGAGAGGAUACUGUAUGGCGGUACAGGAGUACCUAUCCCUCUAUGUUUAUCUACAUCAGUACGGCUAUCAUCUGAGUCUACUGUUCGCUUUACCCUGCGUCAUUGUCCUGUCGUGUAAUUGUGCGGUCAUCUACAAGAUUUAUGUCAUAAAGAAAGAGGCAGGAGAUGACUCUCCGCCAUCUUUAGGCAGCACGAGGAAGGCGACAACCAUGUUACUAUUGAUAGGCUUCGUGUUCAUCAUCACCAUGUUUCCCCAGUUUGUGUGUACGAGUAUCCUUCUGUAUUACACAGACGAAAGCAGGAUACACAUUGGUCAGCACAUCUUGUUAAAGAUGAGACCAUAUUUAGAGUUAUUUUCAGUUGUCAGUUAUACAAACUACUGCAUUAACUUUGGUAUUUAUGUUUUGUGUGGAAGAUCUUUCCGGUUGGAAGUAUGUCGAAUGUUCAAGUGUAAUCGGCGGAGGAAUAUCUUUAGGGAAAAGCAGACGAAAAGAACAGAGGAAGUGACGCCUUUACAGGGAUAAUUGA